GGGGAGAUUGUGUGAAUGUUUGCAUCAACUCCUCUGAACUUUCGAGGACAAAGUUUUAACGCGUGGCGUGCUUCAAGAACGAACCCUCCCCAAAAACGUCAAAAGUUUCGACCAAAUCGGAAUAAUGAUGUACAUAGGUGUCAAGUCUUAUUAAAAUAACCGCAACCGGAUAUAUCAUGAAAAUGGCGACAAAGAACAUUAACAAUGUCUAAAAGAUCACGUUGAGAUUAUUUAUAUUACGACUUGUGCAGAUGAAGCGCAUAGCCACUUGCUGAAUCGAUAAUAUUAUUAAGUUGUUUUUGACGUUAUAACAGCCUGUGGUCAAUCGUCGACCUAUCAGUAAUCAUCAGCUACUCAUUUCAUGAUAUGGAAUUACAUAUGCUGCAAAUGCUCAUUGAGUGUGUCCUCAACAAAGUUCAAUCUCCUUAAUCGCAUUCGUGGCGCUUUUCAACUGAUAUUAUCUGCGUGAAACUUGAUGGAAUGUAUGUAAGGGGAGAUCCGUGGAUUUUCCUACAGGAAAUCUGUUAGGGGCUGUGACACCAGGCUGGCUGAUAUGUGUCUUGUGCCAUUUCUAUAUAUGGCUCGAGCUGGUUUUACAAUGUUUCUUAAGCUUCUGUUGAUUGUAAGUGCUGUAGCAAGUGGUCAAAAUUUCAGUGUUGACUUCAUACAUCACAACUAUGAAGCCAUGACAGUAAUUAUGAAGAAAAUACACCACCAAUGGCCAACCAUCACUAGACUAUACACCAUUGGUAAAUCAGUUGAAAAACGUGAACUGUGGGUUUUGGAAAUUUCGGACAAUCCAGGGCGCCAUGAGCUGGGUGAACCUGAAUUCAAAUAUGUUGGGAACAUGCAUGGUAAUGAAGUACUGGGCAGGGAGAUUCUACUCCAUUUUGCCUACUACCUUUGCAGUAAAUACAACACCUCAGAUCCUGUUGUCAAAAGACUAAUCGACUCUACAAGAAUUCACAUUUUGCCAAGCAUGAAUCCAGAUGGAUGGGAGGCUUCUAUUGAAGGUCAUUGCUUGGGUAUGAGAGGUCGUGCCAACAAAAAUGGUUAUGAUCUAAAUCGAAACUUCCCCGAUUAUUUCUAUCCCCAAAAUGCUAUGUUUAAUGGGAAACCAGAGGUUGAAACAAAAGCUGUGAUGAACUGGAUUUCCUCCAUACCAUUUGUUCUUUCUGCCAACCUUCAUGGUGGUUAUUUGGUGUGCAAUUAUCCAUAUGACAGCAUAAAGGGUAAGCCAGGUCUUAGUCUCUAUAGCAAGACACCGGAUGAUGACAUCUUUCAAAAUGUUUCAAAGGCUUACUCUUUUGCCCAUCCUAGUAUGCAUAUGGGCAAACCAAACUGUCCGGGUUUCAAACAAUACUUUAAGGAUGGAAUCACAAAUGGUGCUGCAUGGUAUGCUGUGCAUGGUGGAAUGCAGGAUUAUAACUACUUAGCAAGCAAUUGCUUUGAAAUCACUGUGGAGAUGAGUUGCUGCAAAUAUCCUUUGGCAAAUCAACUUCAAAAGGAAUGGACUGAUCAUAAGCCUGCAUUGAUCGCUUACAUGGAAAAGGUACACAUGGGAAUAAAGGGUGUCAUUACAGAUCGCUGUGGUGCAGGUAUUGUGGGCGCGGAAAUUCGCGUUGACGAGAGAGGAAAAGUCAUCGCAAGUGCUAAACUUGGUGAUUAUUGGCGACUGUUGUUGAGGGGUGAUUAUAAUAUUAAAGUAUCAGCGAAGGGUUAUCAACACCUGUCAAAAUAUGUUCAAGUGUUAGACCAAACGAAGAUUGUCAACUUCAUUCUUCGCAGACUAGGAGACAAUAAUUCAUCUUGUGGAAAGAUCAACGGUCUUGUAGAUGUUUCAAAUGUUGAAGAACCAAAGUCUAUCGAAGUUAUUGCAAUUGGUGAAGAUAACAGAAUGUUCACAACAUAUCCAAAUAGUACGUAUUAUUACAGUCACUCUCUCAUUCCUGGCAAGUAUUAUGUAUACUUGAAAUCCGGAAACAAAAUUUCACCAAAACAGAAGGUCGUCGUGUUUCCUUCCAAGAUUUCUUUCAUUUCAGUCCCACUGGAAACAAAACGGAGACCAAUUGUCGACGAUAACAGAACAAAUGCCGCCAAGGUGCUUCGUACUAAUGCUAUUCUGUGUAUUACUUUGUUUUUUUUCUACAUUAUGAUGUGGGAAAGCGACAUCUUGGUAUUGCACCGAGUUUACGCAAACUCGACUUCUACGUUUCUAGAUAUUUCUAGAAUUAUACACGUGUGCAUAUUGUACUAUGUUUCAUUCAAAUUUGCACAUUACGAAAACCAUCGCGAAUAUGACAAGCAAAAUUCCUAAAUGUUAGUUAUUGAAAAGAAGAGACAGAAUUUGCAAAAAAAAAAUUUAUUUCAUUUACAUCAAAAAAGGCCUAACAGUUUAUUCAAUCUUUGUGGAAAGUGGCGAGUGAAAAAUAUCAGCAUUUCUCAUUCUAUAGCGGGGGCGUAUUCAGUGUACUACGUAUAAGACAGAGCGCGAGUUUUUUUUACUGAAGACAGCAUAAUGAAAACUCUUCCAGUGAAGUGGAAGCGUACGAAAUCACGUGAUCUCUUCAACACAAUUCGUUUUGUUUCGAUUAUUGGUUUUAGUUUUAAUUACUGGUUUUAAUCUUUAAUCAACGAACUGAAUGUAACUGGAAGGCUACUUCCCGCCAAAAUUUAUAACCAGCUAUUUAACUAGUUCCAACCUUCUCACACACAGCCCAAAGGAAGUUUGUUUACGAGAGUCAGCUAAAAUUUGAGAGACGCAUGUCUUGGAGUUAAAUUAAAAUUUAGCUUCACACAAGUGCAGGCAUGUUCAUAUAAAGGUAGCCUUCAAAUAAUAAAUUUAGUAGAAUAGUCACAAUAAAUAUUAUUUUUUGCCGCA